GGCCCGAAGGACCGGGUCGGACAGGUGGAGAGAGCCCUCUGACUUUCCCCCUGUAGUUUCCACACAGUCGCUUCUGCUGCCGCUUGCUAGACUUCAGAAUGAGUUACUACGGGUCUCAGCAGGCCCUCAGCAUGAGCCGCAGGGCCGGGUCCAAAAGCGACUUGACCGCCGGAGGGGGCUUCCAGUACGCACGGAGCGAGGUAGUACAUGGAGGUGGUAAUGGAUACGAACCGUACAUGGAGGGAUACAAAACCGUCACUUAUACAAAGUCCUCCAAAGGCGGAAUGUCGGGCGGAAUGUCGGGCGGAAUGUCGGGCAGCAUGGGAGGCGGAAUCAGUGGCUCCGGUCUCAGUGGCAUCCACCAGAGGGCCAUGGCCCUGCAGGCCCAGUGCCAGGAGUACCUGAAGAAAGCUGAAUACGCCCUACAGACUGGUGGUGCUCCCGGUGACGCAGAGCGCUACAUGAUGAUGGCCAAAGAGACGAUCGAGCAGCUGAAGAUCUGCGCAAUCGACCUGAAACAAGUGGGACAGCCGAACGACAACGUAGUCAGGAAUGUGGAGAUUUUUAAAGACCAGCUGAGGGGGGUCCACAUGGCCAUCUCAGGCACCAUGCAGAGGAGGAGGAGCAACAGAGGGAGCUCUGGAGGCUGGGAGGAGCCUGGAAGGAACUUUCAAGAUGCUCUCGCCUGGAUUGCACAGCAAAAGCGUCUGAUUGAAACUGCUUCCUGGGGGGACGAUCCUGCAGCCAUUGAGCAGCAGUUAUACAGCCACCAGAAGUUUCACAGCUCCAUCCAGAGGAGCCUGGAGGUGGACCGAGCCAAGGACGACCUGAUUAAGAAAGGAGACAAAGGAAACCUUCACGCUCUGGAGCAGGAAUGGGACAGUCUGCAGCAAAUGUCAUUUGGUCGGACUCAGCAGCUGCAGGACCUCAAGGAGAUCAUUCAGGAUAUAUCUAAAGAGAUCAUGUGGGUGAACGACAGGGAGGAGGAGGAGCUGGUGUUCGACUGGGGAGACAAGAACAUUGAGCAGUACAUCCCUAAGAAGCAGGAGAGCUACUCGAAGCUGAUGAGUGCCCUGGAGGACAAAGAGAAGGCACUGAACAAACUGAAAGCCAAAGUGGAUACACUCCUGAAGAAUGACCACCCGGCCUCAGACAAGAUCGAGGCUUAUCAGGACACCCUGCAGACUCAGUGGAGCUGGCUCCUUCAGAUUACAAAAUGCAUCGAUAUUCAUCUGAAGGAAAACGCAGCUUACAACCAGUUCUUCAAAGAGGCCAAUGAAACGUUCAGCACUCUGCAGAAGGAACAUGAGGGCGUUCGUAAGAAGUUCACCUGUGACAAGAACACGUCUCUGGACAACCUCCUGGAGCUCCUCAAGGGUCUGGAGAGAGAGAAGGAGAAGAUUAUGGAAAACAAGAGGCAGGUUCAACAUCUGGUCAGCAAGUCAAAGAGCAUCGUGAGACUGAAACCCAGAAACCCAGAGGAGAAGAGCAGCAGCCCUGUCAUCGUCAAGGCUCUGUGUGACUUCAAACAAGACCAGAAAGUGAUCUACAAGGGCAAUGAGGCCAUCCUGAAGGACAACAGUCAGCGCAGUAAGUGGGAGGUCACUGGCCCAGGAGGACUCGAUAUGUUGGUGCCGUCUGUGUGUCUGAUCAUACCACCACCCAACCCGCUCAGUGUCAGCCUCGCAAGCAAGAACGAGCAGUACUAUGAGUCCAUCCUGUCCAUCUGGAGUCAGCUCUACAUCAAUGUGAAGAGUCUCAUCGCCUGGCAGUACUGUCUCCUGGACAUCAACCACAUCAACUCCCUCACCAUCUCCAUGCUGUCCAAGAUGCGUCCUGAAGAGUAUCGCCAACUUAUCAAGAACCUGGAGACUCACUACGAGGAGUUCAAGCUGGUCUGCCAAAACUCCCAGAUGUUUGCUGAUGAUGACAAGAGAAGCAUUGAGAACCAAUACAGCGGGGCCCAGACCCACUAUGACCAGCUGGUGGUGCAGCUGCCCGCUUACAUUGCACAUCUGAAACAAAUGGAACAGCAGCAACAACAACAGCAGAUUAUUAUAAUACAGCAGCAGGAACAGGUAGCUGCUGCCGACGCAGAGGCCAUGAGGCUCGAGGAAGAACGACGGCAAGCGGAGCUGAAAAAACAGGCGGAGAGGAAAACGGAGGUGAAGAAGAAGGAAGUGAAAGGGACCAAGACGGAUCAGGGGAAGAAAAAAGUGACAUCUCGCAGCCUAUCGGAGCUGUACGCGCUCAGACUGAGGCUGGAGAGCGCUGAGAGCUUGCUCAGUCAGCACGUCUGCCUCAUCUGCCUCGGAGAAGAUGAGGUGCACAACUGUGGCCUCAGGAUCACAGAGUUACAGACGGUGCAGUGUGAUGUUGAAUUGAUGCGUAAGGACUACUUGUGUCUGAAGGAGAGUAUCCUUAAGGAGCUGGAGGGCAUGAAUGAUGCAGAUAAAGCCAAUUUCCUCCGCAGUGAGAUUGAAGUCAUCGACCAAAGACUGAGCAGUCUGGAUAGCAGCUCUUCAUCUUCCUUAGAGAGGCUGCAGGCUCUAAGGGACAUGCUGGAGAGUGUGGCACUAGCUGAGGACAUAGUGAAAGUUCAUGAAGCGAGACUGACGGAGAAGGAGACCACUUCUCUGUCACCCAGUGAAGUGGAGGAUUAUAUAUUGACCCUGGAGAGUGUUAAAGCAGAGCUGGAACAGAAAAAGGAUGCUUUGGCCUCCAUGGAGGCAGAGUUUGCCAAAGUGAGCCACUGCAGCAGCCACGUGGGCGGAGCCUUCCACAGGUGUCCCAUUAUGCUGUCAAAACACACAGAGCAGGUGGGGCUGCUGUCAGACCGCUGGAGACGGAUCCUGGGACAGAUUGAUGUCAGGCUCCGGGAUCUGCAGCUGUAUCUGCCUCAGCUGCAACACUACAAGCAAACCAGCUCCUCCCUUUCUGAAUGGAUCGAUGCAACACGGAAAAGACAGGACGUCUUGCAGGCCACCAAGAUUGAGAGCGUCCAAGCGCUAAAGGACCAUAUUAACACCCAGAAGGACCUGAAUGCAGAAAUCAAAGCAAAGAGGGAGACAGUAGAGAGUGUGCUUAGGGACAAUGUGGCCUGUGUGAACUCCAUCAAGGACUAUGAAACAGACCUCGCCUCAUACACAUCUGGGUUAGAGACUUUGUUCAACAUCCCUGUGAAGAGGACAAUGCUGAACUCCCCAUCAGUGGAUCUUCAUCAGGAGGCUAUACAGCUACAGACCCGUUACAUGGAGUUGUUUACCCUGUCUGGUGACUACUACAAAUUCCUGGGAGAGUUGCUCAUAAAAAUGGAGGAGCUCAAGAUUUGUAACACCAGGAACGACUUGUUGGAAGAGGAACUUCGCCAGCUGAGGGAGAAAAUCCAAGAUCGCGACGCCAAGAACAAAUCCCUGGAAGACGAACUCGCCAGCUACCAGCUGCAGGUGACCACGUGCCAGGAAAAGAUGCUGUCGAUUGAGGAGGUGGAGCGCACCACGGCGAUGCAGUGCAAUGCCACCAAGGAAAGCCUGGACACCACUCAGAGCCAGCUGACAGACCUCAACGAUCAGGUGACACGACUCACCUACCUGCUUGAGGAGGAAAAGAGAAAGAAGAGGCUGGCAGAGGAGCGCUACACUCAGCAGCAGGAGGAGUAUGAGUCUGUGCUGAGGAAGAGGCAGAAGGAGCUGGAGACAGUCAGCUGGUCCAAGGUGGAGUAUGAGAAGAGUGUGGCCACUAAGGAUCACGAGCUGGAACUGCUGCGGCGGCAGCUGGAUGAUGCAACAGCGAGGGUGAAGGAGCUGCAGAAGGAGAUAUCAAAGGUAAGGAGCCAAUGCAGUGAGGAGAUCAGUAACUUAAAGCUGAGCUACGAAUCCCAGAUCCACAUCAGUCGCACAGACGUCCAGAGGCUGGCGGCACAGAGGGAGGAGGAUACAACUGAGCUCCAGCUGCAGUAUGACAGGAUGGAGGCAGAGAGGAGGAAUCUGGAGGAGGAGCUCAGAAGGCUCAGGGUGUCUAUCAGCCAGACUGAGGAACAAAAAAAGAGGACAGAGGAGGAAGUUCACAGUCAGCGUGCUGUCAUCACAGAGGAAGGGCGCAGGAGGAGAGAGCUGGAAAGUCAGGUGGAGGUGCUGAUGAGGCAGAGAGACCAGGAGAGCAGUAAGUAUAGAGAAGAGCUGGCUGAGGCCAUGAACGAGCUGCAGGAGAAGAGUGAGCAGCUGGCCUACGUCACACAUAGUCUAGAGGAGGAAACCCGCAGGAGGAAAACCACAGAGGAAGGUCAGGGUGUGCUGGAACAGACUGUGGCCCAGCUGCAGGUGAAGCUAACUAAUUCAUCAAUGGCUGCGACCCAGCUGAGAAAGUGCGAGGAGGAGCUUCAGAAGAUACGUGUGGAGCUGGAGAGGGAGAGCAGGGAGCGAAGCAGAGUAGAACAAAACUUGAGCAGGUUACAGGUACGCAUCAAGGAUGUCCAGACUGUGAGAGACGGGCUGGAGAGCCAGGUGGAGAAUCUGAGGAAGGCUAGCCAAGAGGAAGUGGCCAGAAGACGGCAGUUAGAAACAGAGCUGGAAAAGUCCACCAUGACCAUGACAGAGUACACAAACACCAUCGCUUCGCUUCGCCAGAGCCUAGAGCAAACCAACACAUCAGGAAAGAGAGGCGAAGAAGAGCGUCUAAGGUUGCAGGAGGAGCUGGAGAGAAGCUUGAGACAAAAUAAGACCUCUUCGGAAAACACGACACAGCUGAGCACAGAGCUGAAGGCUUUGCAGCAACAACUACUCCAGGAGCAGGCCCGGGUCAAAGAGGCCAACCUCAGGAAUGAGAGUCUUUACAGAACUAUCGAGGAGAAGAGUAAAGCACUGAAUGAGAACUCCACUGAGCUUCAAAGGCUGAGGGAGAUGACAGAAACCCAGACCAAAGAGAGGCUGAGGCUGGAAGAAGAGCUAAGGACGGCAAGACACGAUAAAGAGGAACUCUUGAGAUCCAAACAGGGAAGCGAUGAUGAGCUCUCCUCCCAGAUAACGGCCCUGCAGCUGCAGCUACAGGCCACUGAGCGCAGCAAUGUAGAAUACCGCAACCUGGUGUCAGAGCUCUCCUCUGAGAGGGAGAAACUCAAGCUGGAGACUGAGAGAAUACAAAAGCAGGUCACCGAGAUAACAGCCACGAUGCAAUCCACUCAGUCCCAGUACAGUGAGAUUGUAGAGGAUAGAGAUGCUCUGUUGCUGAAAUUGCAAUUGUCAGGAAAAGACAAAGAUCGCCUCCAAACGGUUGAGGAGGAACUCAGUCGCAUUAAACUGUCCCUAGAUUCUGAGCUUCGCAACAAACAACGUCUCCAGGAGGAAAUUGAGAGGUUGAAGAGGGAUGUGAGUUACUGGAAGGACCAACAUGAAAGCCAGCAGAGCCUGAUUAGGCAAUUUGACACAGACAAGGAGUGUCUGGAGAGGGAAAAGAACAAUUUGAAGAGUGAGAUAGAUAGACUGAUGAGGGAACUCAGGGAGCUCGAGGAGAUGUAUAAAGGUAGGCUGUCGGCCAUCCAGAAAGAACUGCGAGAGAUGACCAAUGUCAGACAAACCAUGGAGACUGAGCUGAAGAAACUUAGAGAGCCCCCACCCUUGGAUGCCUCCUCUGUGAUUUUUGAUGGAGUCCGCAAACCAGUCACAGCAGACCAGUUGCUUGAUUGUGGUGUAUUGGACAAACCAACAUUCAGCCAGCUUGCAAAGGGACAUAAAAGUGUCCCUGAAGUGUCUGCCGACAAAAAAGUCAGUCUAAAAGGGACAGGCCCAAUUGCUGGAGUGGUAAUUGAAGGUCCAGAAGGCCCUGAGUCCAUGACUGGACUCCUGCUUAAACAGUCUUUCACCGAAGCCAAGAAAGAGAAUCUCCUGCCAAGAGAUUGCAUUGACCUGCUGCUGGACGCUCAGGCUGCCACAGGCCACAUCAUUGACCCAAGAACCAAUCAGAAGUUGACAGUUGAUGAGGCAUAUCAUCAAGGCGUAAUUGAUGCACAGGAUAGAGAGAGGUUGCUUGCAGCAGAAGCUGCAGCUGUAGGAUAUAAUAGUCCUCGCACAAGCAAACCUCUUUCAGCAUUUCAGGCCAUGAAGAAAGGACUGAUUGACAAGAACACAACACUGCGUCUGCUACAAGCACAGGAGUCUGUGGGGGGAAUUCUAGAUCCAGCACUCAGUGUGUUCCUCCCCAAAGACACAGCCAUUGAGCGUGAUCUAAUUGAUGAUGACAUAUAUCGUGCUUUGAAUAAGAAGCCUGAGCUCUACAUGGACCCAGAAAGUGAGGAGGGUGCAACUUAUAUGUCAUUGAAGAGGAGAUGUAAGGUUGAGCUACACACAGGCCUCCUGCUUCUUCCUGUCUCUGAGAAGACAGACGCCUCCAAACUUGUCUUCGAUGGUGUUCGGAAACCUGUCACAGCACAGCAGCUGCUUGACGUUGGGGUCCUGGACAAAGCAACAUUCAAGCAACUAAUGAAGGGGGAGAAAACUGUCGCAGAGGUGUCUGUUGAUAAGAAAGUCUUUCUGAAGGGGACCGGGUCAAUUGCUGGUGUUGCAGCUGGACCUUCAAAGAAAAUGUCCUUCACAGAGGCAAAGAAACAGAAGAUUAUGCCUUCUAACUGCGCUGACAUGCUGCUUGAUGCUCAGGCAGCUACAGGACACAUCAUUGACCCCAGAACUAAUCAGAAACUGACAGUACAAGAAGCAUGUGCCAGAGGAGUGGUGGAUAAAGAGGAUGAAUCAAAGCUGUUUGCAGCUGAGGCCGCAGCUGUAGGUUACAGAGAUCCAAGUUCUGCCAAGCUUCUAUCAGCGGGCCAGGCCAUGAAGAGGGGAUUGAUUGACAGGGACACAACUUUACGUAUACUUCAGGCUCAAGAGUCUGUAGGGGGGAUUUUGGACCCUGUCCUCAGUGUAUUUCUACCCAGAGACAUUGCUAUGAAUCGGGGUCUCAUCGAUGAAGAACUAUACCGGGCCCUGAAUCAAUCUCCUGAGUGUUAUCUGGACCCAGACACCCAACAAGCAACUACCUAUGUGUCUCUGAAAAAAAAAUGCAAAAAUGAUCCAAGCACAGGUCUUCUGCUUCUCCCUGAACCUAAAAAGCCAUUAACCGUCCAGGGGAUCAGGGACCAGGUGUCAGUCAUAGAUCUGGUGGAUGCAAACCUUCUGGAACGGCAUGAUAUGGACCAGCUGAGCAAUGGUAGACUAACGAAACAGGACAUUGAAGAACGACUGCGCCCCUACCUGAGAGGUUCCACCUGUAUCGCAGGAGUUUAUGAUGAGGCCAACGAGAAGGUGAUGACCAUCUAUCAGGCCAUGAAAGAGGGACUGUUGCGACCAGGCACCACUCUGGAGCUGCUUGAGGCCCAGGCUGCUUCAGGUUUUAUAGUGGAUCCUGUCAACAAGGUAUAUUUAAGUGUUAAUGAUGCCUAUAAUAGAAAACUGUUUGGGCCAGAGUUAAAGGACAACCUACUCGCAGCAGAGAGGGCUGUGACUGGUUACACACUGCCUGGUACAGACAAGACAAUCUCCCUCUUUCAGGCCAUAGAGAGAGGUCUGGUGGAGAGGGGUCAUGGCAUCCGUCUCCUAGAGGCCCAAAUUGCCAGCGGUGGCAUCAUUGAUCCUGAACACAGCCAUCGUAUUGACAUCAAUGUCGCCUACAAGAGAGGUUACUUUGAUGAAAAAAUGAACAGGAUCCUGACCAGUCAGGGUGUUGAAACGAAAGGUUUCUUUGACCCCAACACAGAGGAAAACCUAACAUAUCAGGAGCUCAAGAAACGCUGUAUGACAGAUAAGAAGACUGGCCUAAUCCUUUUGACCAUCAUUGACAAGACAAAGUCAGAGUCGACUCUGAGAAAGAGGAGGGUGCUAAUUGUUGUUCCAGAAAUUAACAAAGAGAUGACGGUGCGUGAAGCAUACGACAAAGGAUACAUUGACCACGACACGUACCUGGAGCUGUCCCAGCAGGAGUGUGAGUGGGAAGAGAUCACCAUCACAGCUCCAGAUGGUUCUACUCAGUUUCUUAUCAAUGACAAGAUGACUGGAAGACAGUAUGACAUCACUGAACUGCUUGAAAAGCGAUUAAUUGAUCAGUCGGAUCUAGAUCGGUACCGCUCACAAGCUAUCAGCUUGAAUCAAUUUGCAGAUAUCAUCACUAAAAAGACAAAACAUCAUGGAUCAUUAUCAGUAUCAUCAUCAUCAUCAUCAUCAUCAUCAAGGCCAUCAGCAGCCUCAGCUACAUCUUUAAUGACAACAUCAUCAUCAUCAUCAUCUGUCAUGUCAAGACCCUUAUCACCUACUCUUGCCAAGAUGACAACAAGAAGAACCACCACUGUCACAAAGCAAGCAGGCACAUUCAGCAGUGGUUCUCAAGACUCACUUGACUCUUUUCAGCACUUAUCCAGCAUGUCCGUCACUCUGGCCUCUCCUGUUGACACAGUGGUUGAACAGGAACCAGUGGGUGCCAUCUUUGACACAGAGACUCUGGAGAAAAUAUCCAUCACAGAGGCUCUAAAUCGUGGUCUGGUGGAUUCCAUCACUGCCCAGAGACUUCUGGAGGCCCAAGCCUGCACUGGAGGGAUCGUCAAUCCCACAAAUGGCCGUCGGCUUGGCAUCCAAGAGGCCUCUCGCCUUGGCAUAAUAAAUGAUGACAUGGCCUCUAAGUUGAAGCCUGCACAGAAAGCCUAUGUUGGCUUUGAGGAUGUAAAAACCAGGAAGAAGAUGUCUGUUGCUGAGGCCAUGAAGGAAAUGUGGCUGCCAUAUGAGGCAGGACAGAGGUUCAUGGAGUUCCAGUAUGUAACAGGGGGGCUUCAUGACCCAGAAUUGGGCUGUAGAAGAUCAAUAGAAGAUGCUUUGAAAAUGGGCUGGCUGGAUGGGAGAUCACCCCAGAAGCUCCAGGACAUAAAACACCACACAAAGAAUCUGACCUGCCCCAAGAGCAAGCUUAAGAUCUCUUACAAGGAUGCUCUGGAUAACUGCCUGGUGGAGGAAAGCACCGGGGUGAAGAUGCUACAGGCAUCGUCUAUGUCUUCCAGAGGGAUUAGCAGUCCAUACAAUGUCUCCUCUACCCCAGGAUCCACCACAGGCUCUAGGAGUGGCUCACGACGAAGCUCCCGCAGAAGCAGUGUGGACCUAGGCUCCCCUGCCAUAUUAAGUACUCGCUACAGUCAUACUAGCUUCAACUAGCUUCAUACUAGCUUGUGCUAUGCACUUAUCAGGUCCUGUGCAUGCAUGCUCUUUUCUUGCAAAUUAAUCAGAUUUUGUUUGAACAUUUUCAGUGUUCAACUGUGUUAAAGAAAAAAAAAAGUGUCUUGUGUAUGAGGAGAAAAUUCAAGGUUUAACAUUUUAAAUUCUUAAACUUUUUGCAGAGUUUUAGGUUUUAGCUUUGGUGUUGCUAUGCUUUUAAAAUACUACUUGAAUUGAUCAUGAGAAUGAACACCACCAAGAUAUGUUUUGUGAAAAUUGACUAUAGUAUUAAUGGAUGCCAUCUUAAGGUAUUUGGAUUGAAAAUUAAGCGUAUGUUAAUAUAAUUGUUGGUGACCAUAAAAUGAGCUUAAAAAUGAUGGCCAAACUUUUGCAUACACAUAUUUCAAAUAUAUUUUUUAGAAUCUUCAUAAAAUGUAAUUUCUUUUUAAGCUUUGUAUUGGUAACUUAAGGGUGGUAUAAAAAAACUGCUUCACUAAAGAGCACCUGUCGGCUCAGCUGGAGCCAUGCAGCGCUUCCUUCCUCCUUUGUAAACUAUAAGGGUGGUAUAUUUACACGUAUUUGACACCAUAAUAUCCUGUGUGCCUACAUUGUACGGGGUGGGAUGAAUGGUUGGGUUGCAUACAUUAGCUCAUUAUCACUUAUUAACCAUUGGUUCCUUGCAAUUUAGUGCUUCCAGUUUUGUAACUGUUUCUCAGUAUCUCACAAUAAAAAGUAACCUUUUA